CACACACCAGCAGCAGCAGCAGCAGCACCAGCACCAGCAGCAGGAAGCUUUCCGAGCGAGCUCAAGAUGACGCUGCACUUUCCACGGCGCGCGAGCCCGGCGGCGAGAGAGAAAAAGGAACAGUGAGUGACGGUGCGCGCGGAGACGACCGUGGGGCGCUUCUCCACGCCGGCUCUUGUGCUAGAGUCUGGAAGUUCUCCGCGUCUCCACGGAUCUUCUCUCACUCAUCCACCAUCCAGACGCAGCGGUUGUUGAAGGACCCGAAGAGACCACCGCACCCACCCCCCCGCAGACAUGGGGCGCUACACCGGCAAAACGUGCCGUCUCAUCUUCAUUCUCGUGAUCACGGCGCUCUUCUUCGUCGCCGAGGUCUUCGUCGGCUACUUCGGCAACUCCAUGUCGCUCGUGUCCGACUCCUUCAACAUGCUCUCGGACCUGCUGUCCCUGUGCGUGGGGAUCGCGGCGGGUCGCGUGCUGCGGCGCCCCAGCUCGCCGCGCUGCACCUACGGGCUGUCGCGCGCCGAGGUGGUGGGCGCGCUCGCCAACGCCGUCUUCCUGAGCGCGCUCUGCUUCUCCGUGAGCGUGCAGAGCAUCAACAGGCUGGCCGUGCCCGAGCCCAUCUCGGAGCCCGAGCUCGUGCUCGUCGUGGGCGCCUUGGGGCUGCUCGUCAACAUCGUGGGGCUGCUCAUCUUCCAGGACUACAAGAAGUGCUGCUGGUGGUGGGGCUGCGCGAGGGGGACCAAGGGGGAGCGCCAGGGGGGGCCCGAGGAAGCCCGCGAAGGAGCCCGCAAGGGGGACGACGAGGAGAGCGCAGAAGCAGGUGCCCCGGUGCUGUGUCCCAGUGUCCCCGAAGAGGCGGCAGCGGAAAAAACGGGCCAGACUCUCAACAUCCGAGGGGUUCUGCUGCAUGUACUGAACGAUACUCUGGGCUCCAUCGUGGUGGUGGUGGUGUCCGCAGUGUUCUGCGUGCUGCCGCUGGAGGACGAUGAGCCCUGCAGCUGGAAGUGCUACCUAGAUCCGAGUCUCACCCUGGUCAUGGUGGUCAUCAUCAUGAUCUCGGCGGUCCCGCUCUUCAAAGAGACCACCAGCAUCCUGCUGCAGAUGACCCCUGCUAACAUCCAGCUGGGCAUAGUCUUGGAGGACAUCUCCAAGAUCCCAGGGGUCCAGAGCAUCCACGAGGUCCACGUGUGGGAGCUGGCUCAGAAACGCAACGUGGCCACCAUGCACGUGAAGUGCGCCGACACGCAGGCGUUCCAGGGCCUCUCGCAGCACGUCCGGAAGGUCUUCCACCAGGCCGGGGUGCACAGCGUCACCAUACAGCCCGAAUUCGACGACGGCUCCGGUGACGGGCGCUGCGACGCCCCCUGCCUGUAUUCAAGCUGUCAGAAUCUGUCCUCCUGCGGCGUGUCCUCGCCGUCCCUCCCCGUCAGCAACGGACAUUUGCCGCAAGCUCCUUCGGAGGUGUCCGUGGGCACGGCCGAGGACCCUGAGAAGAAGCCCCCUGCGGAAGAACCUGUGAAGACCACCAAGUUUUAAAUGACCAUUUAAAUGUCACUGAUGAACCUGAACAUCUGCGCCGAGAUGCAAAAACUCACUUUUCACCCCUAAAGACACGUGUCAGCUUCGCCAAAGUGCCUCCCUCUUUGCCGUGAACCUCUUACGGACUUCUCUUUCUCUCCAAAGCCAGUCGCUGCUAUGCAGGUAGGUGUCAACGAGCACCUGGGCUCUUCAUUUUCACCUCCCGCCACCCGGUGUCCGCCGGUAAAAUUCCGCACCUCGCUGGAGGAUAGCCGGACUCGUAGCUGUCUACGCCCGUUGAGCCGAUGGCGUCUCGGAGCUCCUGCGGACUCCGCGCUUGAAGGCGACUUCCCAUCUCCCGCGGUAUCGCCUUCGUACAUCCGAACUCGAAACUCUGGUUCUUGCUGCCGUUAGGGGAUUCGCGAUGUCCGAGGGGGAUGUCGAGCGACAUCGCUGGCGUGAUGCUGCGGCUGGUGGUGCCUCGCCCCUCCCGGACCGUGGCUUUGAGACUUGGGUGCGGUCUCUCUGCGGUUUGCACGUUCUCCCAUGUUCGUGUGGCUUUCCUCCAAAUGAAUCGGUGGCUAUAAAUCGCCCCGUAGCGUGUGUAUGAAUGUGUGUGUGUGAUUGCCCUGUGCUGGACUAGUGUCCUGUCCAGUGUGUAUCCUGCC